AUGUUUACUUUCUGCCCCUUGCAGGGCGCCCAGUCCGAGUCGACGGCAUCGCAGUCCAUCCUCGAGCUCGAUGGCGGCGUCAAGGUGCUCAUCGACGUCGGUUGGGACGAGUCUUUUGACACCGAGAAGCUUCAGGAGCUGGAGAAACAAGUGCCCACUCUCUCUUUGAUACUUCUCACGCAGGCCACGAUCCCUCACCUGGCCGCCUAUGCACAUUGCUGCAGGAACUUCCCUCUCUUCACGAGGAUACCUAUAUACGCGACGCGCCCCGUCAUCGACCUUGGACGGUCCCUGCUUCAGGACCUUUACUCUACAACACCCCUCGCUGCCACUACCAUCCCUCGCAGCUCUCUCGCUCAAGUCUCAUAUUCUACAUCGCAAGCCCUUCCCGCCGACCAGGACUUCCUUCUACAGCCUCCGACCCCCGAAGAGAUCGCCAAGUACUUCUCGCUCAUCCGUGAUCUCAAAUACUCACAGCCCACCGUCGUGCCGACUCCCACCUUCUCAUCUCCGCUCAACGGCCUCACGAUCACCGCGUACAACUCUGGAAGAUCCUUGGGUGGUACGAUCUGGCACAUCCAGCAUGGCCUGGAGUCUAUAGUCUAUGCAUGCGACUGGGGUCAGUACAAGGAAAAUGUCUUUUCUGGCGCUGCAUGGAUGGGCGGCCAUGGAGGUGGCUCAGAAGUCAUUGAGGCUCUACGCAAACCGACCGCGCUGGUGUGCAGCAGCAAGUCUCCCAAUAUCGCACGCCCAGGCGAAAGGGAUCAGGAGCUGUUGGCCACGGCCCGGCUGGCACUGGAACGCGGCGGUACCGUUCUCAUCCCCGUCAACUCGGAUGCGCGGGUCGUCGAGCUCGCCUACUUUCUAGAGCACGAGUGGAGGAAAGAUUCCACGGCGGAAAACGCUGCUCUCUCCAGGUCGAAGCUCUUUCUAGCUGGCCGCGGCGUCAAUAAUGUCAUGCGACACGCUCGGAGCAUGCUGGAAUGGAUGAACGAAGGCAUCGUGCAAGAGUUUGAAAUCGCUGCAGACACAUCGAGGCGGGUCAACGGCAGCUCUGGUGGAUCAAAGGGAAAGGAGGCCGGGCCCUUUGACUUCCGACAUCUACGCUUGUUGGAGAGGAAAGCUCAAGUCGAAAAGCUGCUAGGCCAGGAGCUCGAAGGUGGGGAAGGGAGCGGCAGGAUCAUCCUCGCAAGCGACACAAGUCUAGAAUGGGGAUUUUCCAAGGACGUCCUGAAACGAAUUGCUGACGAUCCGAGAAAUAUGGUCAUCCUCACCGAGGUGCCCAAUCUCAGUACCAACAACCGUCCUUCCUUGGCCAGGACCUUGUGGGGAUGGUGGGCGGAAACAAACGGCGCUGAUGUUGCAGACAAGCCUCAGUCAAGCGACCCCGUAUCCGGCAAUGGCCGGGAGGUUGAAGUUACGGAAGUCACUCGGCAAGCGCUCGCAGGCGAAGAGCUCACUCUGUACCAGCAGUGGCUUGCAACUCAGCGGCAACUGCAGGCUACGCUCCAGACCGGGGGAGGGGCCUCGCUCGAGGCAGCCGCCGACCUGAACGACGACAUCUCUUCAGAGUCAUCCUCAGACUCGGAUGAGUCGGAUAAUGAACAGCAGGGUAAAGCGCUCAACCUGUCGACCACUAUCGGGCAGGCGAGCAGGAAGAAGGUCGUGCUGACGGACGAGGACCUGGGCAUCAACAUCCUGCUCAAGAAGAAGGGCGUGUACGACUUUGACGUGCGCAACAGGAAAGGCCGCGAAAGGAUGUUCCCGGUCACGAUCAGGAGAAGACGGAAUGACGAGUUUGGUGAGCUCAUCAGGCCCGAGGACUACUUGCGAUCCGAGGAACGGGAAGAGGAAGAGAACGAGGCGCAGGCUACCGGUGGCGGUGACCAAGAUAACCUAGGCAAGAAGAGGAAGUGGGAUGAUAUCGCAACCAACAAGACCGGUUCAGGCACAGGCAAAAGACCCCAGCUCAACCGGGCGGCAUCCGUGGACGAUCAGGCCGCUGAUGCAGCCCCAGACGGACCUGCAGACGACCUAGACGAUGCCGGCGAAGACGAGGAGGAUCAGCCGUUGGGUCCGUCGAAGCUCAUCACCUCCAAGGAAAAGCUGGCCAUCAAGCUGCGCAUCGCCUACGUAGACUACUCGGGCCUGCACUCGGAGCGCAACCUCGAGAUGCUCCUCCCGCUGAUCCAGCCCAGGAAGCUGAUCCUCAUCGGCGGCAGCAGCCGGGAGACGGCGGCCGUCACGGCCACGUACAAGAACAUUGUGAGCACGAGCCGCGGCGUCUCGGAAGACGAGGUCGACGUCCUGACGCCCGAGAUCGGCACCACUGUCGACGCCAGCGUCGACACAAACGCCUGGGUCGUCCGGCUCGCCGACCAGCUGGUCAAGCGCCUCAAGUGGCAGAACCUGCGCGGCCUGGGCAUCGUCACCCUGACGGGCCAGCUGCUCGGGCCGGCAACGGCGGCCGCGAAGGAAGAGGAAGAGGAGUCACCGUCGGGCCACCACCACGAGGCCGGGGACGAAGAGGGCGCCAACAAGCGCAUCAAGACCGAGAGCGGCGACCACAACGUCUCGGCCGACUCCGAGGACGACCCUCAGCACGGCGCCAAGACCGGGGCCCCCGCCGCGGCCCUGCCCACGCUCGACGUCCUGCCGACGGCCAUGACGUCGGCGGCGCGGUCCGCGGCCGCGCAGCCCCUGCACGUCGGCGACCUGCGGCUGGCGGACCUGCGGCGCGCGAUGCAGUCGUCGGGCCACACGGCCGAGUUCCGCGGCGAGGGCACGCUCGUCGUCGACGGCGCCGUGGCCGUCCGGAAGACGACGACGGGCCGCGUCGAGGUCGAGAGCAUCGGCCUGCCGACGGACGGCGGCCCGGCCACGCAGGUCGGCGGGACGUUUUACGCCGUCAAGAAGAUGAUCUACGACGGCCUGGCUGUCGUUGCCGGUGGUUAA